UACACGGCGCCGAUGGCCACGGGGCGGCCAUCCACUCCCCUUGGCGCCCUACAAGGUUGCUCCCUCCCCCCUGCGAAACCCUAGCCCACCGUUUUCCCCUCGCUCGUCUCUCUCCCUCUUAAUUUCGUCCAUGCCCGGGCGCAACCGUCGUCACGCCGCCAUCGUUGUCGUGGUCGACGUCCACCACGAGCCGCAACGAGAAGACCAGGAGGUGGGCACCAGCGUCCUCGACACCUGGGUAGAAGGAGCUGUACCGCGGAGUCCCGAGCCUCGCCAUCGACCUGUCUUCGUCACCACGGUCGUCGUCGCCGAUUUCGUCAAUCCGCUCGACCUCGUGCUUUCCCGGCUUCCCCGAGACCACUACGAGCACCAAU